AAUGCUGAGCAGUUCCUCGGAUCACCCUCCGCCGCUCCACCCAGCCGGGACGAGUGGGGCGAUACUGCGCUCACGGCACCCUUGUUCCGCUCCGUCUUUGUGAACCAACGCGAUUUUAACAAGCCACACAACACGAGUAUGGUGACGGUGUGAAAAGGGACAGAAUGGCGCAGAAGGACACUCUACUAAAUCUCUUUGCAGGGGGAUGUAGCGGCACGGUGGGGGCCAUCGUGACCUGCCCCCUGGAAGUGUUGAAAACACGCUUGCAGUCCUCCGGGCUCUCCCUUCGACCCGUCUUCCAGGUCCAGAUGGGCACCCUUAACGGAACUGGAGUUAUUCGACCUGGGACAGUUACUCCAGGGCUCCUGCAGGUCCUACGCUCGAUUCUCGAAAAAGAGGGACCAAGAUCACUUUUCCGUGGUCUGGGGCCAAAUCUGGUUGGCGUGGCACCCUCAAGAGCCAUUUACUUUGCCGCAUACUCAAAAGCUAAAGAGACGUUCAAUAGGCUGUUUGUCCCCAAUAGUGGAGUGGUGCACAUGUCCUCUGCUGGUGUUGCAGCUUUUGUUACUAAUUCUCUGAUGAACCCCGUCUGGAUGGUCAAGACCAGAAUGCAGCUGGAGAAAAAAGCCAGAGGAGAGAAGAAGAUGAAUGCAUUGCAGUGUGCCCGAUAUGUUCACAAAACAGAAGGGAUACGGGGCUUCUACCGAGGCCUGACCGCAUCUUAUGCUGGCAUCUCGGAGACCAUGAUCUGCUUUCUCAUCUAUGAGACGCUGAAGAAACAGCUCGCCGCGAGCCAAUUCGCCUCCUCGAAUGGCGGAAAGGAGAAGGGCGCAUCGGACUUCCUGGGUCUGAUGAUGGCUGCGGCUUUUUCAAAGGGAUGUGCAUCCUGCAUAGCCUACCCACACGAGGUAAUUCGAACGAGGCUUCGUGAAGAAGGCAGCAAGUACAAGUAUUUCUUCCAGACAGGGAGGUUGAUAGCGGUGGAGGAAGGCUAUGCAGCUUUUUAUAGAGGACUCAUUCCACAGCUAAUUAGACAAAUCCCCAACACGGCCAUCGUCCUCUCCACGUAUGAACUCCUUGUCCAUCUUCUUGGGGAUUCAAAGUGAAGAAGCUGCUGGGAAGUUGGGAGCCUGACAAACAAUGGAUGCGACCCAAAAUAGGAUGGGCAAAAGACUUUUGAAAAUGCAGUACAUACAUUCUAUUUAUGUGGUGCUACAGAGACUUUUAUGGUGGAGCUGAAGCAGGUUGUACUGUUAUCCAAAGAGCUAUACACAUUAUUUUAUUAGAGGCUUGUUAGGAGUUUUUCAAAACCACUGAAAAGGUCAUGGUACUUCAAUUAAACUCCACAAAAAGGUCAUCUUGUUAAGGACUAGUGUUAAGUUAACUAAAUUAUUGUAUAUUUUUGUUAUGUCAUUAUUUGUUCCCUUAUCAGUGGUAAAUGUACCAACACGCAUGACUGCACAAGUUGACUCUUGGUAACUCUGAGGAAGUACUACUAUUAGUGCUGUUCGCUGAAAUGUAACCAUCACAAAUCAUUUUGAGUUUUGUUUAACAAAAUUACUUGUUUUGAGGUUUGAUAUUUUUCAGGAAAUUGUAUAAUAUUAAUAUAAAUACAUACAAGCAUGCAGACUUAUCUGCAUGUUUGUCGGGGGGGUGGGGGGGGGAGAAAGUCACCUUUUAAUAAAUGACAACUUGGAUGCCUAUUUGACCAAUGGCGCAAUAAAAUGCAUCACAAACAGAAUCAGUGGGUGGUUUGCUGAAGAAAUUAUUUUGUACACAAAAUAGCAUAAAAGUGAUUAAAGCACAGUGGAAGAGACGGGUCUGCACUGAAGUUGUGGAGAAGAGGCCACUGACUAGGGACUGGUACUGUUCAUAGGUCCAAAUAUUGUAGGAACUUUUGUUUGGUAAAUGACAGCUUAUGUUUUAACCCCGCCCCCCCCCC